UGUGUGCUGCUGCUGCAGGAGGUGUUCACUUAGCCAUCUCUGUUUCUUUACAACAAGCACUGGACACUCUGUGCGCAGUUAGCACGUGCCGUUAAUUCACGAUCACUAUGUUUAUGAUCAGCGGAGACUCUGUGCAUAAUAAUUAGCCAUGCUGCUUUGUUUAUGAUCAUUUGCUUUGCACAGUUAGCGACGGCGAAAACCAUACGUCACCUCCAGAGUCUCUAAAUGCUCUGGGGGCUAACUUGUUGUGAAGACAUGCAGAGUGAUCGGGCAUUUGAGAGGGUGUGGCAUGAGCCUUUCCCGGUGGUAGUCGGCGAUACGGUCCGUGCGUGUGCUCUCCCACACGUCAACCUUACUGGGGAUUUCCACCGGGCGCCGAACGGCUCCGCCGCGGGUAAACUCCGUCCUCUGCCCGGCGUCAGUUCCCACCGGGCAAGUAACGGCAGUGUAGCGAGCCAGCCGUAUACACGCGUGAUAAUGAGAACACGCGAUAAUCCUGAACGUACUGGAGACCGCCAGAUCCCGUGAUAAACUGUAUAAGUCCAGAUAUGGUCUGCUCCCCGUAUCAGAAACAAGAUGGCGACAAGUGUAAUGCUUAACUCGAUGCUUCCAACGGGCCACAAACCAACGGGUGACUUCACGCACCCCCUGGACAACUUUCCCCCAACUUUGUCGUCAGAGUUGGAGACGUUGUCAUGUUGCCUUGUGAAAAUGUGAUGCACGAUCAGGACGGAUGCAGCCGUACUCAAUGGAUCUUCAGCUGUUCGCGAAGCAAUUUUUCUUUUACGCUGGGGAACCUCGGGCAGAUUGAUGAAACCUCCAAAGCUAAAUCUGACAGACUGAGUGUUGCAGAGAACUGCUCUCUGGUUAUAAAGACGGUCACAGUUGAGGACGUUGGUCGUUACACCUGCAGACGCUCCGGAUCACAAGAUGCUCACGUUUACCUGUCUGUUAUUAACAUGACUGAGCAGAAGGAUGGUGGUUUGGUGAUAAUGAACUGCUCCGUGUUGACGGAUGAAUGGUGCAGAAACACAGUGGAGUGGUUGUACGAGCCGCACAUGACCAUCGUUACAACAUCACGGUCUGAGUGCUCGGCCGCUGUGUCGUUUCCUGCUAGAGAGAAGAAGAGACAGGAGGCAGAAUAUGAGUUUUUUAAAUGUAAUGUGACAGAUGAGAACACUGGAGCGGUGCAGCUGUUUGACUUCAACCCUCCAGUUGAAAGCAGCACAACAGCGCCUCCAAUAACAGACCAAGGUUUGUGGAGGACCAUUAUUGUGUCUGUGGGUUUAGCAGCUCUCAUCGUAACGGUCGUGUCUGUGAACAUCUGGAUGAGAACUAAAGGGAACAGAACACAGACCGCUGUCCAUAAUGAUGCAGAUGAAGGUUCAGUGGUGUAUGAAAACGUUGGAGAACCUUCUGUUUCUAUCAGACUCCCCUGAGCAACAACUUCAACAUCAGCUCAGAAAAAGAGUCCACUGCAGUUAAACAGCAUCUCAGGAUCAUUUUGUGUUUUGUGGUUGUGGUUACAGACAGAUACAGAAAGCAUCUGUAUUUUCAUAAAUUUGCAUGUUGUAGCUUCGCCUCAGUUUUAAUAUUGUUUGUGCAGAACAAACAGCCUUGCAGGGCCUUGCAGAAGUCCCUCAAACCUGCAUUCUUCCUAAUGUCCAGCAGGGGGAGAUUCCACUGGUUGUAAAAAGAAGUCAGAGGGACAAAUUCACAAAAGGAAUACAGGGCUUUUUAAGCCACUAAAUGUGCAAAUAAGGCAAAAACAAACAUUUAAUUCUCAAAGCACAUGCAAAGGGUGAAUUGCACCUCUAACUAUGCUGCCAUGCACAUAGCAUCUCAGUUCUAUCUGCACAUGCUCAAAUUAGGUAAAAUGCAUACAUUUGGUGCAAAAUCGUCCCCAAAUCAAAAACACCAUCGUUAAUAGCAACAUGCAGUUAGAGCGAAAUUAUGGCAGUAAAUGAAACACAUUCAUAAGGGCAAAUAAAAGUUUUAGAAAAACAUUUUAGAAAAUACAUAAGAGAUUUUUGGCUCAGUCUGACUCUCGUCAGUCUCCACAGCAUUCACAUAGGCUCAUUGUGUGAAAGCGGACUGUAUGUUAUCUUUUGGACUUAAACUUGCACAAUUGUAAUUGUGUGUAAAAAGGAGGCAAAGUGCACUCAGCUUCCAACUGUAUGGCCGUGUUUGCACUGUGAUAUAAGUGCAAUAUCUUUGGUGAACAGGUCCUUAUGACGGGGCAGAUAGCGGUUGCAUGUGAUGUGCAAUUCAUGGUGCUAUCAGCGGCUACAAUCCAGGCCUUGUAAAUUUGCCCGAUAAUAUGAAAGUCAAUAAAAAAAUUAGUUAUCACUUGCUUUAUUACCUCAGUAAACAUUCUCACAAUAUGUUUAUGGUCUCAGUCAUAAGUUUUAAGUCUUCUUCAAUACAUCUAUCGUCUAUUUUACUCUUAUUGGAUCCAUAAUUUGGACGGCAUGAUGUUCUUUUAGAAAAUUAUGGACCCAAUAAGAAUAAAAUAGACGAUAAAGCAAGGUGUGUUUCAGGCAUCUCACACUGUGUUUGGUAUGGCUGAUGUCUCUAACGCUCCAAGUUCAAUAACCCAGAUUCAGUUCACGCAGAGUUUUAGUUUCACAGGAUGUUUGUCAGACUUGUGAUAUCCAAACUCUGCCCUCUUGAUUAGUAUUGCUAAUGUACUAUUAAUCUCACUGUCCAAAAUCACUUUCUUGUUCACUCACUCAUAAAUUUGCAUGUUGUAGCUUUGCCUCAGUUUUUUUUGUUGUUGUGCAGAACAAGCAGCAACCUCUGGGCCUUGCAGAAUUGCCUAAAACCUGCAUUCUUCCUAAUGUCCAGCAGGGGGCGACUCCACUGGUUGUAAAAAGAAGUCCGAGGGGCGAAUUCACAAAAGGAUUGCAGGGCUUUUGCAGCCACUAAAUAUGCAAAUAAGACCAAAACAAACAUGUAUUUCUCAAAGUACGCACAAAGGGUGAGUUGCACCUCUAACUAUGCUGCCAAGCAAAUAGCGUCUUGAUGCUCCGGUUAUAUCUGCAGAUAUUUAAAUAAGCUAAUACGCAUAUAUUUGGUGCAAAAUCAGCCCUCUGCAACUCUGUUGUGACAUCAGAACUCUGCCCUCUUGAUUAUUAUUGCUAAUGUACUCUUAAUCUGACUGUCUUGUUGCUCCCUUUUUGUAAAUAUAAACGCUCUUUCUGAAUCUGAUGCAUUCUGUUUUUAUUCACGUUUUACACUGCAUCCCAACUUUUUGGGUAUUUGGGUUGUAGUUUACGUUAAAGUUGCAGUAAAUGUGCAUUUCUUAUCAUUUUUCAUCAUCCCUGAAG